AUGCAGUCAGGUUGCCAUGCAGGUGGAUUUGAUAUUCGGACAUCGGCGCCUGUUGGUGAGGGACGACAAGGAUUCCUAGAUUCUGCCCCUGAUGCCAUGAUGUGUAAUUUCCAACUGAUAUGUCCGAUUACUUUUGCAGCAAAUUUCCACAACGACUACGUUAAUGAACUGACUACAUCCUCAAGUCUGGAUUUUUAUGAACAGAAAGCCGUUAGUGAUGUGAGGUAUCUCCUCGGCAAAAAGGCCCAUUCAGCACAGAUAGUAAAUCAAGACGCAUUCGGAAUCUCGACUCUCAAAAGAGAUGAGUUCAAAAAUGUGGUUGCCGACUCGACAUGGGCAGGGCGGCCAGGGUCGCUUGAGACAGUCCUCAGAUUAAGACGUACGAAGAUUCCGGAGUUCUUGAAGGCCUUGAUCGCCAUUUUCAAGACAGGAGACGAGGUCAGCCGUAACGAGCUUACCAGAGAUCGAUCGAUUUUCAAGGGCCGCGACGACUUUGGAACAGGUGCGCUUCAUGCUUUGUUUGUCUACGACCACGACCAAGCGUUCAAGAGCAUGUCAGCCAAGGAACCUACCAAAACCAUCGUAAAUAUUUGCCAGUAUCUUAUUAUUGAGAAUGGAAUGGAUGCUAGAGCACAGGACAACUAUGGUUCCACACCAUUGCACUGGGCAUUCAGAUCUCAGGCAGUUUAUGCCACAAAUAUUGACAGGUUUCAAUGCCUUCUCGAACUGGGAUCCAAUGAUGUUCUGGGGAUAUCAUCGCGUGGACGGAUGACACCACUGCACUGGGUCGUCGCCCGUCCGUCACGACAUGCCGCCUUUCCUCAUGAAGAUGGCACUGAGGACAUCACAGAACACAUCAUGAGAUCCUUGCUACAGUACGGGGCAGACAUACAAUGGAAGAAUUCGCGUGGCAUCACUGUGUUGCAAUGGGCCAGUCGCGAUAGGGGUGCGUUACUGCAGACUAUCUACUCUGGAUUGGACGGUAUUCAACUCAUAAGAAUCCGCCAAAACGCAGACGUUGGCUAUUCGUCGUUUUGGGAACAAGGGGGAGAUUCAGAGACGGAGUCGCCUGGCGGCGUCAAACCCAUCGUCCGCGGGCCACAUAUCCGAAUGCAACAACGAGACGUUGGAAGAAGUCCUAAGAAUCCAGAGCCGGUGCGGGUAUCUACAUGGGUGCGCAUCAAGCGUCGUUUGCGCCUUAGCUAG